GCGACGCACCAACAAGGCCGAAAGAUUAAACGUAUUUGACUUGCGUUUCAGCAUGAUCCUCAUUUUGCUCGCAUUUGUGACACCGUCGACGGUUCUUACCAUCGAGAAACCUCCCAACAUGGUCUUUAUUCUAGCGGACGACGUGGGUUGGGCUGACACAAGCCUUGUGGGUGGCUACCAAAUCCCCACGCCUAACUUGGACGCACUGGCAGCCAACGGCCUCCUGCUGACGCAGCACUACACAAUGCAAACAUGUACGCCAUCCAGGGCGGCUCUUCUGACAGGCCUCUACCCAAUCAGGAUGGGUAUGCAGCGCGAUGUGUUGCUGCCUGCCCAGCCGGGAGGCAUGAACCUGAGCGUCCCUACAUUAGCCGAACGCCUCAAGGACCUCGGUUACAAGACACACGCUCUGGGAAAAUGGCACCUUGGCUACUCCAGCAUCGACUAUACUCCCACGAGGCGAGGUUUCGACACUUUCUUCGGCUACUACAACACUGCAAAGUACUACUAUUUCGCUGCAUUGAAUUUCGACAACAGAUGUGGCCGUGACUACUGGGACGACGAGCAGCUGGUGACCGAUGCGGACGGCGUGUACGACACUGACCUCAUCACGAACAGGGCAGUCGACAUCAUCUCCAAGCACGACACGGACAAGCCGCUGUUCAUGUACAUGGCUUCCCUGGCGGCGCAUGGCGAGACGAUGACUCGGACGACCGAUGCGCCGGAAAGGAACCUGGCCAAGUUUCCGUACAUCGGCGAUCGUAACAGGACGCUUCUCGCGGGUACGGUGGACGCAUUGGACGAAGCGGUCGGCCGUAUCGUGGAGGCCCUGCACUCUCGCGGGAUGCUCGCCAACAGCGUCGUAGUGUUCGCCAGUGACAACGGGGGUAGUCCGUGGGGCAUGUACUCGAACACGGGCUCCAAUUGGCCGCUGCGAGGCGUCAAGGGCACGCUCUGGGAAGGCGGCAUUCGCGUACCGGCGAUUGUCUGGAGCCCGCUCCUCCUGCGCGGCACCGGCGUCGUUUUGCCCCGACUCGCUCACCUGGUCGACUGGCUGCCCACUCUCUACUCGGCUGCCGGCGGUAACGUCAGUGACUUGGGCACCAUCGACGGCCUUGAUCUGUGGCCAGCGCUAUCCACGGCGAAAAGCGGCAGUACAUCAGCCUGGCCUCGCAGCGAAUUCCUCAUCAACAUCGACACUGCUUCUGGGACGUCGGGCUACCGUGACGGCAACCACAAGCUCUUAUUAUUCACAAGUUCGAAGUCCAACCAUACGAACCCGUUCAACGACAAGACACUCCAGAAACACAUCCCGGUACCAGGCGGAAUGCCCGAGUUUGAAAGCGAGGCGGCGGCGGAGGAGUAUUUGGACCUGUUGAUGAAGUCCUCGCUGGCCUGGAAGACCCUGGAAGAGUUGCACGUUGACGCACCAUGUCUUGCAGGAGCUUUAGACGGCUGGCGUGUGAAGGCUGCGGUUCGGUGCUCGCCUCAGCAGUCGGGAUUCAACCCGCGUAGCGAGGGUCGCUACCUGUUCGACAUUGAAAGCGACCCUUGUGAACUCAACGACCUCUCCUCCACACUUCCUUCGGUGGUGGACAGGUUAUUGAAGAAGCUGGAGUCGUACACAGGAGGCGUGGUGCCACCUAGGCCCCUUAUCAUGGACCCGAUGGGAUAUCCUUCCUUCAACGACUGCGUCUGGGCACCUUGGGAACCUGCCGCACGGACAACAAAUCGCAGCUGUCCCUGUCCUUGA